GGUGGGCGGGGCUUCCCAUGUGAGCAUACAGGAGAUUUACAGCAGAGUCAGACAUGACGGGACACACGCAUGACAAGACAUGCUGUUGUUCAAACGGAAAUACACAAUUCCUGACCGGACAAUGUGACUCCUGAAUGGAAUAUACGUACAAUUCCUGACCGGAAUACUGGACUCCUUGGUGGAAUACAUAACUGAUAAGUGGAAUACACAACAAGCGAGGACAUGCUACUUACACCAUGGACUCCCGAUCUUUGGACCACUGCAUCCAGGCUGCUCUGGCCUCCCUCUUCCCGCCCUUCCAGGCCACGUCCCCCACUGUCCUCUGUCAGGUCCUGAGUGCGGUGGAGAGCUAUUACCGUGGCGACGGUUUCCGCUACCUGAUCCACUUCCUGCUCCCUGCCAAGCACUUCCUGCAAAGGCUUCAGCAAGACGCCUGCGCUCAGUUCGGUGGCUUGUUGUUUCGUCACGAGGGCUGGCCCCUCUGCCUCCAUGAGAAGAUCGUGGUUCAGCUCAGUCCUCUGGACCGGCACCUCCAGCGCCCGGAAGACUUCUACUUGCUGCUAGUUCCUCCUGCUGCGCUCCCGUCUCCUCCAACACACGCCGCCUCCUCCUGCCCCCGCCUGCUGGCGUGCAGCGUGUCGGACGGCGGCCAUCAUGUGGAGCGACAGGAAGUGUCGGCGCUAGGCCUGCGGUCCGUCUUCAGCAUGGCCUGGCUGGACUCUGUCAACAUGGACAGGGCGCAGCGAGGGAUGUCCAGGCUGGAGCGCUGCCUGCUGUCGGCUCAGGGAGACGUCUUCAGGGUCCCCUGGGAGGACGUGGUCCAUCCUCAGUUCAUCCACAGGCCCCGCACCGCCCCCACCCAGGCUGGCGAGGAGUUGAGCAACCAGUCACAUGACCUCCCAGGACAUGGAGCCAAGCCGCAAACGGACCAAUCAGCAGUCUUCAGUGAGGGGGAGGAGUCCGAGGGCGAGUACGUGGAGCUGACAGAACUGGCGCUGCCUCGCUUCUCCCCACAGAAAGGUUCCUUGACCCAGUCCAUCAGCCUGCAGCACCGAGCCAGGCGCAGCACACGCACACACAUGGCCGACACACACACACACGCCACCGGUGAUCACACACACGCGGCCGACACAAACACACACGUGACCACAAGUCAUCCCACAAACACACACACCGCUCACACACAGACUGCAACCUCUAGCUGUCAGUCACAGCAUCCCACACCAGGUAGCCAUCCAUACACGCCAUCAGGACAGGGUGUCGAGGGCAGAGAGGUGGGGGGCAUUAAGGCAGCAGCGUUAGUCGAUGUUGGUGAAGAAGAGAGAGAAGAAAGUUUUGUGGCUGCUGAGGAGGAAGAGAAGGAAGUCCCAGAAAGAGAGGAGGAACAGGAGAGCGGUGAAGUUGACAAAGAAGGAGCAGUGGUGGUGAAGAUAGAAGAGGAGGUGGAGCCUGUGGUCGUACGACAGAAUCAAGCAAGUAGACACGAUGGAGAGGGAAACCAGGAGGUCAGAGGAGGAGAAGAACAAGAGGAGGCGCAGAGAGCGAGUGGACCAAUGUUCUCAACUGAAGAAGCUCCUUUGCGCUCUGACAAGCAUGAUGAACACGAGAUUGGACAACCCGUACGUGCUGACGACUCUUAUUCUGAAGAGAUUACAGAACCUGUGCACCUUCUGGACUCUUAUUCUGGAGAGAUUACAGAACCUGUGCACCUUCUGGAUUCUUAUUCUGGAGAGAUUACAGAACCUGUGCACCUUCUGGACUCUUAUUCUGAAAGGAUUACAGAACCUAUGCACCUUCUGGACUCUUAUUCUGGAGAGAUUACAGAACCUGUGCACCUUCUGGACUCUUAUUCUGAAAGGAUUACAGAACCUGUGCACCUUGUGAACUCUUAUUCUGAAGAGACUACAGAACCUGUGCACCUUCUGGACUCUUAUUCUGAAAGGAUUACAGAACCUGUGCACCUUGUGGACUCUUAUUCUGAAGAGACUACAGAACCUGUGCACCUUCUGGACUCUUAUUCUGAAAGGAUUACAGAACCUGUGCACCUUGUGGACUCUUAUUCUGAAGAGACUACAAAGCAAAUAUACACUGAGACCUCUUGUUCUGAAAAGCUUCCUGAACCCACGCACACUGAAAACUCUUAUUCUGAAAGGUUGAUAGAGCACUCUUUUUGUGAAAAGCCCACCAAACAAAAACUUAUGGGGGACUCUUAUUCUGAAGAGCUUCCAGCAAAGACCCACAAUGAGGACUCUGAACGCUGUACUGAACACACAAAUGCUGUGGGCUCUUAUUCUGAAAACGGUUCUUCAACCAGCACAGAACCCAAACAUGCCGAAGACUCUUAUUCUGAAAAUCCUAUUGCGAUCAGACAGCCUGAGCGCUCUUGUUGCGAAGACCUCGCAGAACAUGCACGCCGUGAGAACUCUUGUUUGGAAGAUGCGUUGACGUUAGAGUCAGCGGUGGUUACCAUGACAACGGGAGCAUCUCCACCACCUGAGGAACCUCCCCAAGAUAGAGAAGAGCCGGAGAAGGUGGAGGGAAAGUGGCACCAAGUUGAUGAAGGCCUUCUGUCUGCUGAUCCCAGUCCAGCAGAACCACAAGAACCAUCAGCGGACCAGUCACCUGGCCCUGUGGCCCCCAUUCAAGUCACCCAGACCCCAGAGUCCUCCCAGUCCUUUCAGCCUCCCCGCUUGUCCGGGUCCUCCAGCCGGGUUGGCUUCUCCCGGUCUUCCCUGUCUUGCAGAUCCUUCCGGUCUGGUUUCAGCAGGCUGCUGUUGAAGUCUGGACUUGUCUGUCUGCCCGGAAGCAGAGGUCGCAGUGGAUCCAGACUACUGACGGUGUGUGCCGGGAACACCUUAUGGUCCCACCCGGAAUGUGACAGCAUGGAGCUUUUCCGCCUUCUGCGCUACUACACUUCCACCCUCAGGUACCGCCCCUUCCUGCCUUCGUCACAGUCGUACACGCCGUCGUGUAACCAAGCCGCAUCGUGUCCUCCGCCCUGCGACAGCGCCAGCGUGCCAGCUUGGGGUCUGAUUGUGCUGGUGGACGCCCGAAAGGCAGCGCCGGUCCCCGCCCUCUUUUGUGCCCUCACGUCAUUGCAGGAGGACGUCCCAGGCUGCGUCCACAAUGUCCUACUGUGGACCAACAAGGACACGUCGCUGAAGGUGGAUAAAGCUGCAGCUCCUCAGGUAGAGGUGUUUAACUCCCUUAAGUGUCUUCAGAAGCACGUGGACGUCCAUCAGCUUCCUGCACAGUUUGGAGGUUCCUUCUCGUUCUGUCACAGCAGCUGGCUGGACUUCAGAUCGAGAGUGGAGCAGUUGACCGAUCAGUGUGAAGGUGUCAUCCACCUGCUGCAGAAGAACAUCAACAUCAUGGAGACCACAGCGCUCCCUGCUGCUGCUGAGGAGGCGGAGCAGCUGUUGUCCACGAACAAGACCAUGAUGGGCAGCAUCCUCCAAGACCGACAACUGGUCCAGUUGCAGCAGGAGGGCGGAGCCUCGCUGUCACUGCUACGCAGGGACGAGGGCGGCGUGGGCCUGACGGAGGACUACGUGGCGGCCGUGGACGCCGUGUCCUGUUUGUACGAGCGGGUGGACGAGCUGCUCCACCGCCUGGUGACCUUGUCCAACGCCAGGACUCAGGAGCUGAACUUCAUUAUGGACUUCAGGAGCCUGGAGGAGGGCUUCGCUAAGGUGAGGUCGUGGUUGGAGGAAGUGGGCGAGGUACGCCUCAGGGUUCUGAACCAAUCAGAGGACUCGCUGGACGCUCUGAACCGGAAACAGCUGGAGUUUAAAGACUUCUACUCCUCCGCAUACGAUCACUGUAAACAAGGCCAGGAGUUACUGAGCCGUCUGGAGCGUUGGGGGAACAUCUCGUCUGCUGACCUCCAUGUCUACGUGGUCAAAGUCCGUUCCUUCUGGGCCGAGCUUCAGGAUUUCUCCCAGCGGGUCAACGCCACUGGCCGCAACAUUGAAAAGGCCGCCCGACUGUACCGCUUCCUGGACCAGGCGUACGGCUGGGCGAUAAAGGGGCGCCAUCGUCUGGCCGGCAUCACCGCGGACAAGAGCAUGCUGCCGGAACAAUGCCAGGCCGUGAUUGGCUCCUUGGAGGAAUACCAGCGCCAGCAUCCGCCCAUCCCGGAGGCUCGUUUCCAGGAGAUGAAGGCAUUGGCGGGCGAGCUGCGGGACGAGCGAGGCCUCCGCCAGUGGAGCUUCGCGUGGUCCAAGUGUCAGGAGGCCAGGUCCAUGUUUGACAGGAAGAUGGCCGACGUGCGAGCGCUUAAAGAGUCUGCGCACCGGCGGCGCUCUGACUCUGUAGACAAUGCACGUCCCGUCUCCACGGAGACAGCGACGAGCGAGCCCACCUCAUGUCCCCCCAAGAAGGACCCGAGUCCCUCCUCGGCCCCCGUUAGUCCACAGCAGACGCCACUCCUUCAGCGCUUAUUUGGCAGCGAGGCGUCCUUCGGCAGGCUCCGCCUCAACUCCUCCGCUUGCCCCGCCCCGUCCUUCUCCUACUCCAGCAGACGUCAGCUGCUCAGGAAGACUCAAAGCUUCGACUGUCCCGCCGCCCCCGAGGGGUCCCGCUACUGCCCCUCCCCACGCACGCUCAGCGAGCCGGCACGCAGAGGAAACACGGGCGUCUUCAUACGCGGUUUGGAGGUCAGCAGCACCGAGGCGUCAGACCGCACCCUCUGUCCCAGGACCCCUGCGCCGGGCUGGGGGGCCCGCAACCCUGGGACACCGGGGAGCCUCAGAAGCUCUGAAGCCCAACUCGGGGGAAGUAAACUGCGUCACAUCGUGGAGGAGAUGGUGACCACCGAGCGCGAGUACGUGCGCUCCCUACGUUACAUCAUCGAGCACUACUUCCCCGAGAUGGACCGGGCAGACCUGCCUCAGGACCUGAGGGGAAAACGCUCCGUGGUCUUCGGGAACCUGGAGAAGCUUCUGGACUUCCAUAGUCAGUUCUUCCUCAAAGAGCUGGAGGCCUGCUGGAAACACCCACUACGGGUGUCCCAGUGCUUCCUCAGACACAAGGAACAGUUCAGUCUCUACGCUCUGUACAGUAAAAACAAGCCCAAGUCUGACGCCCUGCUGGCCAACCAUGGACUUGUCUUCUUCAAGAGGAAACAGCUGGAGCUGGGAGACAAGAUGGACCUGUCCUCCUACUUGUUGAAGCCCAUCCAGCGGAUGAGCAAAUACGCUCUGCUGCUCACUGACCUCAUCAAGGAGGUGGGCGUGGCUCAGGAGGCGGAGCUUCACUCGCUGCAGUCAGCCACCGGCAUGGUCAAGUUCCAGCUUCGCCAUGGCAACGACCUGCUCGCCAUGGACGCUAUUUGCAACUGCGACGUCAACCUGAAGGAACAAGGCCAGCUCAUCCGCCAGGACGAGUUCACGGUGUGGAGCGGGAGGAGGAAAAGCCUGCGUCGCGUCUUCCUGUUUGAGGAACUGCUCCUCCUGAGCAAGGCCAAGAAGAUGGAGGGCGGCCUGGACGUCUUUAUCUACAAACAGUCAUUCAAGACGGCAGAUUUGGGCCUGACCGAGUCGGCGGGAGACAACGGGCUACGCUUUGAGAUCUGGUUCCGCAGGAGGACCACCAAGAACCAGACCUUGAUCCUGCAGGCCACGACUGCCAAGGUCAAACACGCCUGGACGGGUGACAUCACAAGAAUCCUGUGGACGCAGGCCACCAGGAACAAAGAGGUGCGUCUGAAGGAGAUGGUCUCCAUGGGGGUGGGCAACAAACCUUUCCUGGACAUCCAGCCCAGCGCCGCCGCCAUCAGCGACCGAGCCGUGCAUUACAUCACCAAGACUCGAGGCGCCAGGACGCGAGCAUCGAUCGCCGUGUCCGUCUUCGACCACUCCAAGCCUUUCAAGCGUCCAGCAGUGACCUCUGACCCUUCGUCGUCCAGCCUGCUGGGCUCCCUCAACCUUCAUGUGUUCCGGUACGAGCCACCGGGGGGCGAGCAAGUCAUCGCGUCCUCCUUCAGUUGCGAGUCAUCUGCGGCGGGCGACGCCGCCUUCGUCACACCGUGCAUUGAGGAAGACGAGCAGGAGCACGAGACCGCCAGUCAGCCAUCCAUGACCACGGAAAGUUCCGGCUCGUCCUCUCGUUGUCUCUCAGGGUCCACCGGCUCCGACUCCGGCUGCGUUUCCUCCAACCUCCAGGAGGCGCUACAGGAGGAGCAAAGCUCCUCCUCUUGCUCCUCCCACAAACGCAUCAUAUCCGGGUCGGCGUCCGUCAUCGGCCCUGCAACCAUGGUUUGACCUGCCCGACUCGCUUGAUCACCACAAUCACUUCUUGUAAGAAACUACAGUUGCCGUGGCGACCACCAGUCCGAUGUCUCCCUCUGGUGGUGAAAUAUGAACAGAUCUGCUUUUUCCACACACAUAAGCGAGUCCCUGAACGCACCACUGUUGCCAGACUCUUCUGUGUUGUUGGGGUUCAUGUUUGGGAAGCGUCACGUGUGUGUGUGUGUGUGCGUGUGCGUGUGUAUAUGUGUGUGUGUGUGUUGUACAUAAGCAGCAUCUGCUGGCACUUUUCUUACUUGAAUUGAAAAAAAAGACAUCUUUGUUUGUUAGAAACUAACAGACUUCUUCCUGUUUGUGUUUUCCGACACACACUCAGCCAUUGAGGGAGAAAAGGCCUUUUAAUGGAGCCAAGGCGUGAUGACAUGGCCAGAGGAAACAAUAAAUAAGUUCGUUAGUGACCGUUAGAAAACUGCUAAGCUCCUCCUCCUUAGCAUCAGUCAUGUUUGCUGUGAGCGUCUGAGCUCGGCGAAGCCCUGAGCCCCUCAGAGGGGGCGGGGGGGUGGAGUUAGCAGGCACGUUGCCGUUGUCGCCACCGUAUCAAUCCAGAUCCUGAACGCGACGACAGAUUUCAGCCGUGAACUCUGAACAUUUGGAAUUUCCUCCCAAGUCCUUGGUCAGCACCUGAGAGACAGACGAGCGGCAGGACGUUACGUCUUUGGAGGCUAGCAUGGAUGCUAUGCAGACGAUGGAUGGAAAUGCCGCCACUGGAGCGGGUCGCUCGGAGUGGAGCGUCCUCACACAGAAGUUCUGACCUUCUUGUCUCUGAUGGUGUCGAAGCACGCCGUCUGUAUCUUGUGGCCGUGCCCGUGAAGGCCCAUGUGACGCAGCAUCAUGACGGCGCUGAGCAGCAAGGCAGUGGGGUUGGCGAGGUCCAGACCGGCGAUGUCGGGGGCCGUGCCAUGGACCUGCAGGAACAAGCACGUUUGUUUAAAAAAAACAAAAAAAACGAGUCAGAGUCAGACAUGCUGGAAUGUACUCACAGAUUCAAAGAUGGCCACGCCAUUGGCGCCGAUGUUCCCGCUGGGUGUGACCCCGAGUCCACCGAUGAGGCCGGCACAAAGGUCGCUGAAGCACACAAAAGACAACGUUCACGUGCACCGCCCUCUCCGCAGGUAAGCAUCACGCCAGAUGCGCCCUGACCUGAGGAUGUCUCCGUACAAGUUGGGCAUCACCAGGACGUCAAACUGCGUCGGGUCCUGAACCAUCUGAAAGGUCGCGGCGAGACGUCAAGACAAGCGUCCCGAGCCGUUCAGGCGACUGGGUACUCACGUUGAGGCACACGGUGUCCAGGUACAUCUCUGUGAACUUCACGUCUUUGUAGUUCUCCGCCACCUCGCGGCAUUUCCUCAGGAAGAGCCCGUCGGACAUCCGCCUGCUCGCACGCGGCGCCCAAACGGGAAGUUACAUCAUCAACAAACAGCAAGCGGGUGACGUGACACAAACAGGAAGUCACUCACAUGAUGUUGGCCUUGUGGACGGCGGUGACGCUGUUUCUUUGGUUGUUUCUGGCGUAUUCGAAGGCGUACUCGGCGAUGCGUCUGCUGGCGUCUUCUGUAAUCAGUUUGAUGCUCUGAACGACACCGUCCACAAUCUGCCAUGACACCAGAACCUUCCCUCAAAAGUCCACCUCCAUUGAAUCCCGCCCGCAUGCAUCAAUCAAUGGCUUGGCAACACAGACCACGUGUUCGAUGCCGCUGUACUCGCCCUCCGUGUUCUCGCGGAUGGUGACCAGGUUGACGUCGGUGUACGGCGUCUUGUAGCCUUCGAUGGAGACACACGGCCUGACGUUGGCGUAAAGGUCAAAGGUCUUCCUGAGCAGCAGGUUCAUGGAAGGGUGACCAGCGGCGAUGGGCGUCUUCAGAGGUCCUGCACAAGACGAGGCGUCACUCUCACUGCUUUUAAAAGGCUAAGGAAAGGGGAAAUCACCUUUCAGUCCAAUCUUGCUGCGGUCCAUCGACUCUUUGGCAUCGGGGGGGAUCAUCCACCUGCCACCGGGACCUUUGAUGGCCGUCACAUUCCUCUCCUCCCAUUGGAUUGGAGCCUGGGCGUCGGGGGUUAAAGGUUACCACCAACCUUGACCUCACCUGAAUGCAGUCUUACUUUUGCGGCCUCAAAGAUCUUCAUUACUGCGCUGGAGAUCUCAGGUCCGAUGCCAUCGCCAGGUAUCAGCGUGACCGUGUGCAUCUGUGACACACACACACACACACACACACACACAAUUAUUAAUUAUUACUUCAGACAAGGUGGUAACUGCUGGUUUAGUUAGCACAGCUAGGCUAGCGGUUUCUCUACUGUGUCCAGUGCCUAAGAUAAGCUAGCCUAAGCUGAGCUAAAUUAAGCUAGGCAGCUACCACAGAAGACACGAGAGACGUUCCCUGAAAUACUUACUCCCCUGGAAGACAAAGACGAUAAAAAGGGUCGCUUUGUGGCACCGACCACCACCUGGGACAACUGUAGGAGACAACAUGAAGGUCACAACACCAGUUGACAUGAUAGCCACAUGCUAACUUGACUCUGAUUUUUAAUGUGUACUGUCCCUUUAAGAAUACACAACAGCAAUAACGCAUGAGUGCCAAUUAUAGGAUCAUGUAUUGAGUAGGAAAUACAUUAAAAUAUAAACAUUUCGUGUUUACGUAACACAUUUGCAAAUGAUGUUUAGCAUCUAUUAUAUAUAUAUAUCAAUACAAUUGCCAAUGAAGACGUUUACAACCACAAAAAUACAUUAAUUGGACAACAUUGUUACGCCAGUCUACGACUGGAGUUAAUCUUUAAACAUAAUAAAGCCGAAUUAAACUGUAGAGAUUGCGUUACAAGUCAAACUAUAUUUGAUUUGAGUUUUUCUACAGUUUUUUUGGUGCGGUGUCCCGUCUACGGAGCUUUAAUGACACCCGCUAAACGUGACACUUUUAUCAGUCUUAACAUCAUCGAUUGUCAGCCUCAAGGGAUUGGGAGCUUAAAGAGGAUUUACAGCCAAGAGGAGACAUUCGUGGGAAACAAAGCCGUGACCGAGGGCUAGCAGUUAGCCACGUUAGCAAGAGUAGCUGAAGGACACACACUUUCAUGCAAACUGUACACACACAUACAGUUCAUACACCCCGGAAGCUAAGCGGCUAACAUGCUAACACUGCUCGCCUUUAAAAGAAUAAGAACACAACAGCGGAGCUCGGUCAAACUUCGUCUCCCCUCGCAGACACAUCCGUACUAAUUACCAGUCUUCGUCCCCAACGGCGAAUGUUUCCUGCCAUCUUUUUCUUACCAUUGACCUCCACGCGUUACCGGCCAUUCUGGAAAAGUGCCGGGGCAAAGAUUGUGUCAAAGAACACGAAGAUGCUCCACUCGGUUGUCCAGACGGCUGACAAAACCACAAGGCGGACUUUCGGAACAGUAGUACUGGGUCUGGAACAGGAAGAUUGGGUACGAUCAACGAGAGUAUCGAAUCUGGACCAGAAUGACUGAGUCUGGACCGGCAAGACAAGUCUUAUGCCUGCUGCCUCAGAAGACUGGAGAGCAUCUUCACUUUCAUUAGUCUUCGUGUAGGACCGACAUCGCCACCUGUUGUUUGGGCGUGUGUGCGUUUGUCAAUGUCCUUUUCUAAAAUGUUUUUAGUUGACAUAAGUUUUCCUCUGUAUGUAUUUAAUUCAACGGAUAAUCCAGUAAAAGACGUGAAUUACAAUGAACUGAAAUAACAUCAACCGCUGAUAUCAUGUUACAUGUAAAUGUUACUCAUACUCAUACUCACGUGGUUCCAUGGUGUAAUGGUUAGCACUCUGGACUCUGAAUCCAGCGAUCCGAG